UAUAGCCUACAAGAAGUUGAGAAAGUCCGUAGCCUUAUUACUUACAAUGCACAGAGGUUUCGUUUCGUAUAGGUUUACAAUCGAGGCGGGGUGCUGAGUUUUGUAUUUGCUUAGCUUUUUCCCCCCUCUCAUUUCUGAGACCUAAGUUGACUAAAUCAAGACUGAAACGUGUUCAUAAACCUUUAAAGUGAGUCACAGCACAAAAAUGUGUCUAUACUGAAAAUCAUACGGGACAAAGACUCGGACCAGCAGGUGCUCCAAGAUGGCUCAGCAGCUAAACAGCGAAGAAGGAAUGGCAUUAAUUAAUCCGCAAAAAGCUGCCCGAGAGUGUAGAAGGUCAAUGACAUCUGCGUCUUUUAACUUUAUCAACUCCAUCAUAGGAUCUGGAAUAAUAGGUCUACCAUAUGCGUUGAACCAGGCAGGGCUCCCUUUUGGCCUUCUUCUUUUAAUUGUUGUUGCUUUCAUCACAGACUACUCAAUUGUUCUACUCAUAAGAGGAGGAAACUUAUCAGGAUCAAACAGUUAUCAGUCUCUAGUACAAAACACAUUUGGUUUCCCUGGAUUUGUGAUUUUAUCUGCUCUCCAGUUCCUUUAUCCUUUCAUUGCCAUGAUAAGCUACAACAUCACAACUGGUGACACACUGACCAAAGUCUUUCAGAGAAUACCAGGAGUUGGGCCAGAUCACAUACUUGCAGAACGACACUUUGUGAUCUUGCUGGCUACGUUUUUCUUCACACUGCCACUCUCACUUUAUCGAAACAUAGAAAAACUUGGGAAGGUAUCUUUCCUGUCAAUGGCGCUGACACUUACCAUCCUCAUCACUGUAAUCAUCAGAGCAGCGACCCUCGGACCCCAUAUAGGCCCCACAGAGAACGCAUGGGCAUUUGCAAAGUGGAAUGCCAUUCAGGCAGUUAGUGUAAUGUCUUUUGCCUUUAUAUGCCACCACAACAGCUUUCUGAUCUAUGGCUCUCUGAAGCAGCCCACGUUAGCCAACUGGUCUUUGGUCACACACAUCUCUGUAGGCUCAGCUCUCAUAAUCAGUGCUGCAUUCGCUGUUGCUGGAUAUUCAACCUUCACUGGCUACACACAAGGAGACAUAUUUGAGAACUACUGCAGAAAUGACAACCUUGCAACAUUCGGUCGCUUCUGUUUUGGCUUCAGCAUAAUAACCACAUUUCCACUGGAGUGUUUUGUUACACGAGAGGUUGUAUCAAAUGCUUUUUCCAGAAAUGAUCUUUCAAAAGCUGAACAUGCUGCCAUCACCAUACUCAUAAUUGCACUCUGCACAUCAAUCUCUUUGGCUUAUGAUUGCCUGGGAGUUGUUUUGGAAUUAAAUGGUGCUCUGAGUGCCAUCCCUCUGAUCUUCAUCAUCCCGUCGGCAUGCUUCAUCAAGCUUUCCCCUGGCCGCUGGUUCCAGGGUGAAAACCUGAUUCCAGCCAUACUGAUAUUAAUUGGUAUGUUUGUCAUGAUCACCGGUCUGAUCAUGACAGGCCUCUACCCUCAAGACUGCUCGCAUGGUGUGGAGAUGUUCUACUGUGCAGAUGCCAACAUCUCUGGUACUCUGCCACCUGGAUAAAGGGAUCAUGCUUCACAUAUUUAAAUGCUUUAAACAUACACCUCAUGGCAAUACUUGUGUACAUAAACACUGUUAAUCCUGUAUGCGGCCUACUUCUAGUCUGUUUUAACAUUGACACCUUUGCUUCAGGUUUUACUUUUAUAUGUUUCAAAAGACUUUUUAAACUCAGUAAAGUCUCAGUGGACGUGUUGCAAAAGCAAGCACGAGCCUAGUGGUCCAGCAUAAAUCUUUUUGAUGCUC